CUCAGACCUGAGUGCUGUAUGGGACACCAUGGAGCGAACCACAUUGGUACUAACGAUCCUUGGACAUUUACUUCUCUGUGUGACUUCGUCCCCAGUCGAGCAGCAACGAGAUGUCGACAUCUACAGUUUUCACAUCAACUCCACAGUAAACAGCCGCUAUGCCAUCACAGUCAUCACAAGCCGUGUGGCGAACCGGCUCAAUGAGUCCAAAGAAGUUCAUUUCCAGGUCAAGAUACCCAAGAAUGCUUUCAUCAGCAAAUUCAGGAUGACCAUAGAUGGAAAGACGUAUGAUGGAGUUGUAAAGCAGAAAGAAGCGGCACAACAACAGUACAGUCAAGCAGUAUCUCGAGGAGAAAGUGCUGGGAUUGUCAGCUCAGUAGGACGGACUCUGGAGGACUUUAAAACCUCAGUGACGGUGGCGGCUUUCAGUAAGGUGACCUUUGAACUCACCUAUGAAGAGCUGCUAAAGAGACGGCUGGGCAAAUACCAGUUACAAAUCAACGCUCAACCAAUGCAGGUUGUGGCAGAUUUCAAGAUCGAUGUCUACAUUAAUGAGCAUCCGGGUAUUUCCUUCCUGGAGAUUAAAGGAGGGCUGAAAACUCAGGAGCUGUCCAGUGCUGUAACCAGUACUCUGGCUUCAUCUACCAAAGAGGCAUGGGUGAACUUUUACCCCACUCGCGAGCAGCAGACAAAGUGUGAAGGUUGUGGAGAAAAUGGACUAAACGGAGACCUGAUCAUAGAGUACGAUGUGAAGAGACCAAAACAAAAUGGAGAACUACAGGCAUCAAACGGAUAUUUCGUCCACUACUUUGCACCCACAGAUAUUCAGAAAAUCCCCAAAAAUGUGGUUUUUAUCAUCGACCGAAGUGGCUCUAUGCAUGGCAGGAAAAUAGCUCAGACUCGUAGAGCGAUGCUGAAGAUUUUGGGAGAUCUUGCUCAGGAGGAUUACUUCGGCCUGAUAAUCUUUGACUCCAGGAUAGAUGUCUGGAAAGCCGAACUCGUCCAGGCCACGGAGAAGAAUUUGAAUGAAGCAAAGGAUUUUGUAAUAAACAUAAAUGAUAGAGGAGCCACAGACAUCAAUGCUGCAGUGCUGAAGGGGGUGGAUAUGAUCAACAGAUACCCCCGAGACGGCUCCGCCUCCAUCCUCAUCCUGCUCACUGAUGGAGACCCCACUAUAGGUGAAACCAACACAGGGAGAAUCCUGGAGAAUGUCAAACCAGCCAUUGGUGGUAAAUUUCCACUUUACUGCCUGGGGUUUGGAUUUGAUGUUAACUUUGAUUUCUUGGAGAAAAUGGCGCUGGAAAAUGAUGGAGUUGCUCGCAGGAUCUAUGAGGACUCAGAUGCUGACCUCCAGCUACAGGGUUUCUAUGAGGAGGUGGCCACGCCGCUCUUAACUGAUGUUCAAAUGAGCUACAACGGAGCAUCAAAUCUCACCCAGACCAGUUUCAGGCAGUAUUAUAACGGCUCCGAGAUUGUGGUGGCGGGACAAAUCACAGACAACAGCGUGGAGACUUUACAAACUGAGGUCAUCGCAAUCUCAAUAGGCUCAAAAGUUACUUACCCGGACUCCGUGUCUACACAAGACAUCAUUGAUGUUUUACCACAACAUGAAAACUUCAUCCAGAGACUGUGGGCUUAUCUUACAGUCAAACAGCUCCUGGAGAAAGAAGUGACACUUAAGGGAGAUGAGAAAGAAGCAGCCAACAAAAAAGCUCUGGAUCUCUCUCUCAAAUAUGAAUUUGUGACUCCACUCACCUCCAUGGUCGUCACUAAGCCACAAGAAAAUGAGAUACAGGUCGCCCACAAACCCAAAGAAGGGGAAGAGCCACGCACAGACCAUCACCGUGUGUUGGCACAGCUGCCUCCAAUGACUGCCGGAAGACCCAUGGGUAACCCAGGUCUAAGUAUACGACAAAAUCCAAAAGGCCCACCACCUAAACCAAAUCCCCCAGGGCUGGGGUAUGGAUACGAUUUCCUCCGUUUUGCAGAUGUCCAAGUUUUUACAGACUACCAGGACAGUGAGAAUUCAUAUAGCGAUGCUUUUCCUCUAUUGAAGGGAUCAGCAUAUAGAAGAGUUAUGCCUUCACAACGACAAAGACAACCAUCCAGGCCCAGACUGACUGAAAUACAUCCCAUUUCCAGGCCUAAAGGUACUAUUAAAGAAAUUCACAAAUCUAAAUGUAUUGUAUCUUACUCUCAUUCAGGAUGUUGUUGGUCUUUACUCGUGCUUUUUACUCUCUCCCCCUCUCUCAUACACACACACACACACACACACAAACACACACACACACACUCAGUGAGUAGUGUGAGGUUCUUAAUCUCUGCUCAGCCAAAACAGAUCUGUUAUGACACACCUGGAGACCAGAAGCUCCGCCUCCUCUUAGACAACUCAUCAGACAUAUCUAUAAAUGGACAACUUUCAGAUAAAGGUUUCAAGCUAGUUGUUAUUCAUUAUAAAACAGCGACGCUAAAUGUGAGCACUGCCACAAGUGUCUACUCUGAUCAAGGGAAGCGUGUGGAGUUUGUAUGGGGGCAGACAGAGCCCAGCAGCCUGGAAACAGACAGUGUGUCGAUAUUUCUAAGGAGCAAUGAAUUAGACGUCACCAUGGGAAGUGUACGUGUUGUUUUCCUCCUUCAUAGAAAACCUGAGGAUGUGUUGCUGUGGCCUGUUAUUCAUCAACAACCCAAAAAUGCUAACACCAAAGGCAUUCUGGGAAAAAAGGAACUUCAGUAUGAAGAGCUCUCAGAAUCAAAGCUAAAAGUCCACAACCAGGAAGUUGUGUCAUCCAGGAGCUCUGCCAUCGACUACAGAUUUCAUGCAGCCCCUAGUGUGGAGUGUUGGCUUGUACCAUUCCAGUCUGUCCUGCAGGGAGAGAUUUCUGACUUCACUGUCUCACAGCUGUAGAAUGCAAUGCUGAAUAUGUGAAUCUUAUUUUUUCAACUGAAUGUUGGUUUAUUGCUAAAUAUUUACUGAGACAAAAUGCAAUUAAAUUACAUUCCUAACUGCAACAAUA